GCCCUCCCCACGAGUCGCGUCCCGUCGCUAGGCAACGAGCGCGCGCGCCUCAGAACCCGUGAGUGCGCUCUGCAGAGGGGCAGGGGCGCGUGGAGGGGUGAUGCAGUGCUGCUGGUCAUGGACCGCACUCGGAGUGAAAGGGGUGUAGAAGAUUGUUCGUCCAGAUGCAUUGGUUCAGAUGAGAACACCAAGGCUCAGAGAGACCGGGUGGCUUGUUGAAGAUCACACAGCUAAUAAGCAACAGCACCAGGACCGGAACUUGGGUGUGUCUGUUCCUGGAGUCUGUGUUCAGACUGCGGCCACCCCUAACUUAUGAUCUGACUCAGGCUACAUUGCCUAUAGCUCUUGAAAUCCGCUUACUAGUAAAUACCGGCCCAUCAGCUCAACCUCCACUAGCUUCUUGCAUGAGCACUAGAGUAGAAUAGUGUGUUACGUGCUGGCAGAACCCGUGACCACGGGUAGCUACAGUGCCUGCCCUUCUCCCUUCCUCUCCUCCCCAAGGCUUCUCUGUGGUCCCUUCUGAAAUCAGUAAGCCCCUCUUAUCUACGUCACAGAUGACUGUAGCUUCCAACCUCACAAUAGCACAGCUUGCUGGGGCCUCAGAGCCCCUCUCAGGACCUCCUGCCUGAGCAAUUAUUUUCUCCCUACUCAAGGGUAGAGAUGCAUGUGUAAGUGGAGACCUUAGUCACCCUUAACCACCAGUAUAUCAAGCUCCCCUCGGGCCUCAUGACAUCCAGGACCUAUUAUCUGAUCUAAGACAGCAGAAGAGCUUUUUAAAAAAAGUCCAUUUGAAUGUAAGAGCAAUUGGCAAAUUUGAUUUAUAAAGUAGUGUGACUCCGCUAUGCUGUUCCCCAGGCCCGUGGGGAUGGAAACUGACUACCUGAAGAGGUGCUUCGGAAAUUGCCUGAGCCAGGCACUUGCAGAGGUGGCGAAGGUUCGGCCCAGUGACCCCAUAGAGUACCUGGCUCACUGGCUUUAUCAUUACAGGAAAACUGCUAAAGCCAAAGAAGAGGAGAGUCAACAGAAGAUCCAGCUGAAGGAAGAAUAUGACAAUAGCCUCAAAGAAACCGAAAUGACAGAAAUGCUGAAGCAAGAAGAGCGCCAGAGUCAACAGCGGUAUGAAAAGUAUCACAAGCCACUGGUAUCUGUAGCUAGUUCCACAAAGAAGACUGCAUUCAUACAAGAGAACACAAAAUCCCUUGAGAAGGAUGCCUUGAAGCAGGAGUCUCUGCCAGGUACUUCCAAUAUGAUUCCAGGAAUGCCUCAAUAGAUUUGCUCUCGAGAGUCAUCUGGCCAGACUGACGCUGUGUUGAAACUCCCCCAAGAAAUAAAUUCCUAGGCUUUUCAGCAUGAAAUUGCUCCUCAAAUGCAUCCGCUCCAAAUCUCCUUCUUAAGUGAUCAAGAGGUGGAUGAUUUUUAUGACGCUUCUCUCAAAGCUGCAAACUGAGAAAAUGGCCAUCUAGGCCUCUGACCUGAAGAUAGUAGCUAUGUGGAUUAAACCAAGAGUGGAGGGGCUGUGGAAGGAGAUGUCUUGCGGGGACAGACUCCCAGCUGAAGUUCUGUUCUGGUAGCUGUGAAAACCCUUUAAUCAUGUAAGCAUUUGAACUACUGAUAGGAUAAAAUAAACUCAU